GCCGACACAGCCACAAAUCACACGCACCCAGCAAACUGUUGAAAGAGGGGCACGCUGAGAAUCGGAGAGGCGAACACGGACAGAAAGCGCCUACGAUGCUGGUGGGUUGCAAUGUAGAAGGCAACCACCGUGAGGAUCCAAAUGAGGAGAGGCACGACGCGGCAUCUGAACAGGACGGGGGAUGAGAUGCACACUGUUUCUGAGACCCUAUUCUUCCUGUGAUUUUAAACUGUCCGCCUGGGAGCCACAGGGCUCGGGAAGUGUACGGGACACGGGGCGCACAGCAGCCUCUUCGGGUCAGCUGUGGAUUAAAGGCACUAGGCUCUUUUUGCAGCUUGCUUGAAUCUGCUGGACCUCUGUAAGUCUCUGAAAGGAAGGGUCGUCUUCACAAUGAGGGCUGUUACAGUAAACUUGUUCGCUCUGCUCUUCCUUUGCGCCCUCGCAAGUGUUUUCUAUGUCUGGAGCGCACUGGAAACCCGUUUGGAGCGACACAAGCGGGGGUUCCUAGUACCGGGCGGAGGGUCUUUUCCCCAAGGUCUCCCAGCGGACCUCUCCGCCAAAACUUUUCGGGCAUUGCUCGCGGUCCCAGCAGCAAAAAGACCGCACUUGGGGGGUAGACUUGAGGCUCACAACCUCACCCAUCAAACUGUCUCUGCAGUUAUUCGAGAUUACCAUGUGAAUGAGGGUAACAAGAGGUCAGCGAGGCUGGAGGGCCCGGUCGAGUUAGGCUCCCCGGUGGAGGAUGGGAUAUUUUGGAGUGAGUGGCUGGAAGAUCUCCUCCCUCUCGGCUUCACGGAGGAAUAUGCUCGGAACUGGCGAGAGAGAGCCAGGACAUACCGAAUAGUGAAGCUGGAGCCUGGAUGCGGCAGGAUAUCCAAUCAGCUCGCCACUUUUGCAGAUGGGACCAAAGCGUGUGUGCGUUACGGGAUAAACGCGGAUCAGGUGCAAGGAGAAACUCUGACAUAUUACCUUGCCAGUUUGCUGGGCAUCACAAACCUGCCUCCUCUAAUACUGUCCCAGCUGAACAGUGACAGUGAACAAUGGGCGGCCGUGCGGACUCGCGUACGUGAUUUACAGUGGAGUGACCGAGCUGUGGUUUCUCUAACUGAGUGGGUCUCCAACCUGACCGGGGUGGUCACACCUGCACCGCUUAGACAGGAGAGCAGCGGGCUGCAUCCUGUGCUUGAGGAGCUCUGGAACAAGACGACGGCAGAGCUGCUGGAGCUAAUGCAGUGGACCGACCUGAUCAUAUUUGACUACCUGACUGCAAACUUCGACAGGCUCGUCAGCAAUCUGUUCAGCCUGCAGUGGGACUCGCGCGUAAUGGAGAGGGACACCAACAACCUCCUCAAAACACCUCGAGGUGAUCUUGUAUUCAUCGACAACGAGGCCGGACUAGUGCACGGAUUUCGGGUCUUAAAUAUGUGGGAGAAAUAUCAUAAUACAGUGAUAAGCUCGGUGUGUGUGUUCAGAAAAAGGACCGCGCAGCGCGUGGCGGAGCUGCACAGGCGCAGAGACUCCAGGAAAAGGCUGCUGGAGCUCUACAGAGACAGCGAGCCUUUGUCUCUCGAAUUAGGAUUUCUCUCAGAUGAGCACGCCGGUGUUCUGCAGGACAGGAUAGACAGAUUAUACAAACACAUUUUGCAUUGCCAAGGCAAGUACAGCCAGCUGUGAACAUUCAGCAUGCACAGGUGAUGGAUUUGUUGUCUGCACAGUAUAACGAGCCUCGCAAAAGCGAUUGGCACACCUGUGUUUAACUGAUGCACAUUAUACAAAAGCUGUCUUGAAUAUCCAGCUGAACUACCUCUUGUGAAUAAAAUGUGUUGCCUACUUUAUAAAUAAGUACAUUUGACACACGUUUAUAAGCUCCCUGGUGAGAUUUUCACUGUACUGUGUGCCUCACAAAGGAAUGACUGAGGCCAGUUUAUCCUCUCCUAGGCUUCUUCACUCCACAGAUGCUUGCUGAAUAGGAAUCAAUGUAAAAGAGUAGGCUAUGUUAGUGACUAUGGUAUUAUAAUGCAGCCUUCAUUUCUGUGUUUGGAUUAUUGCCUUGUGUUCAGUAGUCCCAAUGAGAAACUUCUAAGCCUUAACAUUCAGUAAGUUGACUUUAGAAUACUGUAUUUCUCUUGAUAUCUGGCUCGCUUUUAUAGAUCGUUUGCACAGUACAUUGUCAUAGCAGCACCUGCACUCUUGUAAUUGUGUUGACUGCAUAUUCAGCCUUAAAGUCACAGGUGUAUCAUAUCCAUUGUACAUGUUGUAAAUUGCAAAUAUCAUCUGCCAACCUGUUUUGAAUAUUUGAUGCUCCACUAAUUUAAUGUGCAUUGUAACAUUCCAAAAUCCCUCUCCUUUUCGAUAAAUACACCAUAAUUUAAUUGAACUCUUAUGCAAAUGUGUUUUGUGUGCUGUUUGUACUUAACUGCCUUAUUAGAGCGCAUCAAAUAUUUAAUUAGAUUGUGUAAAGCGCUGGGAUUUUUCAGGCCUCUUUACCUGCCUAUUACAGAGAACUCAUUUUGUUGUGGAAAUAUCUUGUAGUGGCACACUGUUCCCCAGGAGCCAUUCUGUCAACCACAGGCACACCGCAACAGGAAACUCUAAUCCCCUUUAUAAUCGCACAGAAUGAUGAGCUAAAGGAGACUACAUCAUUUGACAUCCUUUGAAAAGGGUUUAACUGUUCACUAACUAUAUGAAAAUAUCCUCCUUUUCCAGAACAGAAGAACGAUUUCACACUAGUAAUAUCAACAGUCAAUCUACAGCCAAGACUGGAGGGCAUAUUGAUUCAGUGUGUUUAGCUGGGAAGUAAGAAAACUCCCUUAGUGUGAGCAUGUGCUGCUCAGAGGCCGAACCCAAAUUAACAAGAGCUUUGGUCUCAGAGGAGAGCGUUGUUUACAGUUUUUCACAGACUGAAUUGUGAAAGGUAUUCAAGAGAAAAAGCAGGAUAUUACUGGAAGGUCAGUUGUAUUAUUUUGCCUUUUGCAGAAAGCUUUUAUCUCACGCUACUCCAUCAAUCUUUCAUUUAACCCUUUUGAAAGCAUGCUUUCCUCAUUAGUUCUGCCACAGGCCAGGCUCUGUGUCUGAUUUCUGCUUCUAGACUUGUGAGCACAUCAGAGGAAAGGUCAAUGAUCAAGCUUUUGAAGAUCUAAUUCUUUCCAGCCUCUGGCUAC